GUCUGGGCAUCUUAACAGUGGGCUCCUAAACUUGGUUGUAUGAGAGGUGCAGAAGUCAAAGUCACCUUGCAGUUAGCAAGCCUACUCACCCACCACCUCUCUGUCUCAAAGACUACAUAGUCCAGAAGCCCCUGCGGCCACUUCCGCCCUCCCUUCCGCUCCCCCUGUUUUUGAGUUGACGUAGCAGGAGCAUUUCCGGUCCGUGGGAUCCGCCACUCGCUGUUUGGAAGUGGCGUCGGCACUUCAUUCGGGAUUUUCCCGUACUUCUGCACUUCGUUCCCGAGUCUCAGCCUCAGGAUCGGCAACGUGCACCCCGCGUUCCAUCUGUCUUCUGAGACUUUGCCCUUCUCCAGAGAGAGCAUUCAGGAGACCAGGAAAAUGGCCACGGGGCUCCUGAAAGCCAAAAAAGAGGCAUUCGUGGCAUUCAGGGAUGUGGCUGUGGACUUCACCCGAGAGGAAUGGAGUUUGCUGAGCCCUGCCCAGAGGACCCUGCACAGGGAAGUGAUGCUGGAGACCUACAACCACCUGGUCUCACUAGAAAUUCCAUUUUCCAAACCAAAACUCAUUUCUCAGCUGGAGCAAGGAGAAGAGCCCUGGAUUGAGGAGAAACGAUGUCCGCUGGUCCUCUGUCCAGGAUCAAAGCUAGAAAUUCAACCUUAUCCCCCCUGUCCGCUGGCAUUCUCUAGUCAGCGAGGCCUCAGCCAACAUGUGUGGCUCAGGCAUCUUCCUCAGCUCUUCUCAAGUUACUGUGCAGGAAAUCAUCUCCGUCUGGGGAAACCCUAUCCAGAAGAUCAGAAACAGCAGCAGAAACAACUCUUUGAUCAAGCCUGCUUGAAUGACAAAGCAGAAAUUCAAGAGACAGAAGACUCCAAGCCCUUGUUCAGGAGAGUAAGCAGAAGAGGCACUUGGGAGGUGUUGUCCAGCCCACUGCAAGAACAGCCAGUCAGGUCCAGGGAAGACAACACGGUGCUGGAUUUAGGGCCCAGCCUAGGCCAGAGGACAGACCUUGAGGAAUCAGACAAAGGAUCGCGUGGUGUAGAAGUCUCAAGAUUUGGGGCAGUCAAAUGUGGGGAGUUUGGGCGAGGCUUUUUGAGGGAGUCAAACCUGCUCAGCCUCCAGAAGAUGCAUACAGGGGAGACACCUUACAUGUACACUGAGUGGGGACAGGGCUUUAGCAACAUGUCAAUCCUCAUCAAAAACCAGAAGAAACACUCUGGGGAAAAACCUUAUGUGUGCAAGGAGUGUGGACGAGGCUUUACCUGGAGGUCAAACCUCAUCACACACCAGAGGACACACUCAGGGGAGAAGCCUUAUGUGUGCGAGGAGUGUGGACGAGGCUUCACCUGGAAGUCAAACCUCAUCACACACCACAGGACACAUUCAGGGGAGAAACCUUAUGUGUGCGAGGAGUGUGGACGAGGCUUUACUUGGAAGUCAAACCUCUUCACACAUCAAAGGACACAUUCAGGGGUCAAGCCUUAUAUGUGCAAGGAAUGUGGGCAGAGUUUUAGCCUGAAGUCAAACCUUAUCACACACCAGAGGGCACACUCUGGGGAGAAGCCUUAUAUUUGCAAGGAAUGUGGGCGUGGCUUUCGCCAGCAUUCACAUCUCAUCAGACAUAAGAGGACACAUUCGGGAGAGAAGCCUUAUGUGUGCAGGGAGUGUGAGCAGUGCUUUACCCAGAAGUCACAUCUCAGUAGACACUUAAGAACACACACAGGAGAGAAGCCUUACGCGUGCGCGGAAUGUGGGCGCCGUUUUAGUUGGAAAUCAAACCUCAAGACACACCAGAGGACUCACUCCGGGGUUAAACCUUAUGUAUGCCUGGAGUGUGGGCAGUGCUUUAGCCUGAAGUCAAACCUCAACAAACACCAGAGGUCACACACGGGGGAGAAGCCAUUUGUGUGCAGAGAAUGUGGGCGAGGCUUUACCCGGAAGUCAACCCUUAUCACACACCAGAGGACACACUCAGGGGAAAAGCCAUUUUCGUGCAGGGAGUGUGGACGAGGCUUCAACGAUAAGUCAACCCUCAUCUCACACCAGAGGACACAUUCAGGGGAAAAGCCUUUUGUGUGCAGGGAGUGUGGUAGAAGGUUUAGCCAGAAGCCAAACCUCUUUAGGCACAGGAGGGCACACUCGGGUCAUAUGCCCUUUGUGUGCAAAGAGUGUGGGCAGGGCUUCUGUGAUAAGUUAACUCUCGUCACACACCAGAAGGCACACUCCGGGGGAAAGCCUCACGUGUGCAGGGAGUGUGGGCAAGGCUUUAGCCGGCAGUCACACCUCGUUAGACAUCAGAGGAUACAUUCAGGAGAGAAGCCUUACAUUUGUAGGAAGUGUGGGCGAGGCUUUAGUCGGAAAUCAAACCUCAUCAGACAUCAGAGGACACACUCAGGAUAGACACCUUGGGUGUACAGCGAGUGUAGUGAAAUCUUCAGUCAAGAGUCCUAUUUCACAAGAUGCCAGAAGUCACACCUAGUGGUUUUAGUAAGAAGUCAGCCAUUACCAGACACCAAAGUGGAGACAGCUACUUACGUGUGACAGGAAUGUUCACGAGCCCAAUGGGAAGAGUCAACCUCUCCAGUCCGCCUGAAGGAGAACUACUGGCUCAUUUUCAGGAGCUCUGGCUUCCCCUAGUGGGGAUGGUGGGUUGUGGAAGAUCAGGUAACUUGAUGGAGGGAGCACUUAGAAGUAGAUUGAAAUAAAGGAAUGGAGACUAUUCUAAUGUCAUUUCCUGAGAAUAUUUAAACCCUCCUUACACAGUAGCCUGGAUGUUAGAGAUAACAGCAAUAAUAGAGCUUGCCCCUUAAAAUCUGUCCGACUUUCUGAGAACAAGGGACGUGACAGAGACCAUUGCUGAUUUAAUCUUGCUUUCCCAGAGCAGGACCCAGCAGCAGUCAGCUUCAGGGAAGUUUGGGAAAUGAUGAAUUCAUGGAGACAGAGGUAGUACGUGGGUAGAAGGUUUUAUUAUGCAAAAGGGCUUACAAGUGAGGAAGACCAUGACUGUCCUAGCUCUAGGUUUUGGGAGGAAGUAUCCAUUUUUGCUUGCUUCCAGGGGCUGUCUCUGGUUUCCAGGUUGAAUCCAUACUGAAGAUAUUCUUAUUUACCGAUGUAUUUAGACUAGAAAUGUAUUAUAUGCUUUUAUGAAGAAAACUGGUAGUAAUUUUUGUGAAUUUGACUUUCAAACCAAAAGUUAGAAUAUUGAAAAACAACUGUCGCCAUGAACUUGACAGCUUUCCACUACUUAGUCUUUUGUGACAAGAUUGCUGAUGAUAUUAAUGAAUGUGAUUUUGUAAUACCAUAUAAUGAAAUACGUAAACAUUUGGAAGAUCUGCCUAACUAUUGAACAAGUAUUUUCCAAAUGAUUAGUGUGUGAUGCUACAAAAUCAUCCAUGGUGAUAUUAAAGUAUAAUAUAGGCAAAUGGAUUUCAGUUUAAAAGAUAAAGGUACCUGGCUGGCUCCGUCAGUAGAGCAUGCAGCUCUUGAUCUUGGAGUUGUGAGUUCGAGCCCCACCUUUAGGGAUAGAGUUUACUUUAAAAAAGAAAAGAAAAACCAAAACCAAAAAUUAAAAUUAAUACCAAUCUUUAAAAAAAAAAAGAGAGAGAUAAAGGCCAGAUUCCACAUUACAGUAACCUUUAAAAAAUUAUCACUUGUUGACUUUUGGUAUACUUUGGUAUAGUCAAAGAAUAAUAUUAACAAAUAUCUGAAAAGGUCAUUAAGAUACAUCUCCAUUUUUUAAAUUUGUACAUGUGAGGUCAUAUUAUUUAUCUCAGCAAAUUAAAUGCAAGAGCACAUAUAAAAUACUAGCUAUAUUAAGAUUAAAGAGAUUUUCUUUUUUUUUUUUUUUUAAUUUUUUUUUCAACGUUUAUUUAUUUUUGGGACAGAGAGAGACAGAGCAUGAACGGGGGAGGGGCAGAGA